AUGGACUCACACCCCGUCAGCCAGGCUCCAUUGACCCUUGAAAAGUUUUACGUGCAAUGCAAACGCUCAAGAAAGGGAAAGCAAUUGCUAGCACAAACGAACAGCGCUACGGCUAGGGAAGGCGGCGUUCUACGGAGAGGCGCACGUGCUCUGGCACAGCACUUGUUGGCGCUUGUUGCAGCUUUGCGGCAAUUGCCAAGUGCAAGCUGCACAGCUUACCUCCUUCAGUGCUCCUUCCAUCCUGGAAUCCUGGUCCAACGUUUGUUGUCACAAAUGCUCCCGAAAGUCUCUGGUGCCACCCUGCUCUCCGCCUGCAUCACAGUCCGCCUGAGAGCUCCGUGGGCCCACACGGUUCGCUUUGCUGCUGGCUUAGGCAUGCCCAGGGGAGCACCCAACAGACGCAGUGGCACAAAGAACUGCAAGAGAAGCGGAUGCCCCCUCAAGGCCAAAAAGGAAACAGGGAAGGACUGUGAGAGGUCAAGCGAGAAAAAGUUCGUUGGCGCGCUGCCGCUAGCACGCAGCCUUCUGAGAGAUGGCAAGGGCGAGCAUAGGCAGCAGAGCAGGCGUGCGCGCACCGUGCCAUCAUCUGAGGGCACAACACCGUUUUUCAAUGCCUGGACGCCAAGAUGCUCAAAUCCCUGCAGUCCCUACGUAUCGGAGGUGCGCUGGAGUCUUUGA